UGAAUACUUACUUGAUCGUGAUCUAGGUUCGGCAUUGAACAGGAGUACACUUUACUUCAGCAAAACGUCAAAUGGCCUUUGGGUUGGCCAGUUGGAGCAUUCCCUGGUCCUCAGGGUCCUUACUACUGUGGAGUUGGAGCUGACAAGAUUUGGGGGCGUGACAUUUCAGAUGCUCAUUACAAAGCUUGUUUAUAUGCUGGAAUUAACAUUAGUGGUACUAAUGGUGAAGUUAUGCCUGGACAGUGGGAAUUCCAAGUUGGCCCGAGUGUAGGAAUCGAUGCAGGUGAUCAUGUUUGGUGUGCAAGAUACCUUCUUGAGAGAAUUACAGAACAAGCUGGUGUUGUCUUAACACUUGACCCCAAACCGAUAGAGGGUGACUGGAACGGUGCUGGUUGCCACACCAAUUACAGUACUAAGAGCAUGAGAGAGGAAGGAGGAUUUGAGGUGAUCAAAAAGGCUAUCUUGAACCUCUCGCUUCGCCACAAGGAGCACAUCAGUGCCUACGGUGAAGGCAAUGAGAGAAGGUUGACCGGAAAGCACGAGACAGCUAGUAUCGACCAAUUCUCAUGGGGUGUGGCUAACCGUGGAUGCUCUAUUCGUGUGGGACGUGAUACCGAGGCGAAAGGAAAAGGUUACUUGGAAGAUCGGCGUCCAGCAUCUAACAUGGACCCAUACAUUGUGACCUCACUUUUGGCAGAGACCACACUCCUCUGGGAGCCAACACUUGAGGCUGAAGCACUUGCAGCUCAAAAGCUUUCCUUGAAUGUUUAAAAUUAGUCGACGCUUUCAUGAAUCCGAUGACCACACAUGUCUAUGUGGUCCAUCCGGGAUCAUAAGGUUUGCUUAAAACUUUGUUUCGGGUCAAGACAUGAUUUGUUAUCUUUUCAUUUGCCUUGUUAAAAACUCAGAACUGUAUGGGAAAAUGUUCAUCCUUUUAUAUUGGUUCUUUUGCCUGUUAUGGUCUUACUGUAAGAUAUUGCACAAGUCAUCAUGGCUAUUGGCUAAUGUGUGAUUAUGUGAGUUUGGCUUCAAAUAAACACUUUUAAGUUGCA